AUGUCAACGGUUCAGGACCCACAACUCAACAGCGUGGCACUCAACCGGCUGGAAAAGUUUCUGAACUCGGUUGAAACUAAAAUGGAAAGGCUGGAGGCGCUUCUGCCCGGCGAACCGUCAUUGUGUUCAAGUUCGGGGGUCGUCGCAUCUUCGCACAAGCCACGCCUGCAAAAGCUUAGAAACCGUGGCAAGCAAAUAUUCAAGUGGAGCAAGUCGCAAGUCGCUGGCGCACCUGGCUACGCGAUGCGCAAAAUGUCGCACGCAGGCCCUGUCGAUCCGCAUGCCAUUGACGAUACUGGUGCCAUUAUGCAUUUGUACAAGUUUCUCAAAAGCACCGUUGAAGAGUUUGGCUCCCAGUCCAGCGGACCUGUAGCCGAAACGAGAGAAACUACACCGGUCGCCCAAGACUCGGAUGCAAUUACCAUGGUUGAUACACCUCCACCUCAACCACCAAGCGUCAAGCGUUUCAAGGAGAUAUACGAUGAACAUUUUCAAAACUCGUCCUCUGCUGGUACAACGGGCUUCUCGUAUAAUUCGUCUGCCGCAACACUUGUGUCGUCGUCUUCUUCCGAUAGUAUCCCACUUCACAAAAACAUAGUCUCUUCGACUACCUACACCAGCUCUGCAUGCGAUGGCCCUGUCAGCCAGUCUAUCUCGUCAUCGCCGUCCACUGAACAGUUUUUGCAAAACCUGGAAUUGUUGGAUCAAAAAAUUGAAGUUCUUAUCGACGAUCCGGAAACAGUGGCGGCAUCUAUUAAAUUUCACAACUACCAGACAGCUCUUCAGCAUGGUAAAGAACGUCACCUGCACUAUUACGAGUUGCCAUUCCCCUGGAGGGAAAAUCGUUUUAUUGUUAAUGGAUACAGAUUUUACGACUCGUAUUUUAAGUCUUUGCUAUCCAUCAUUAAUUGGUACGGAUGGCACAACGAGACUGUUAACAUUUGGACUCAUUUGUGCGGAGCUCUUUACUUUGCAUACAUCAUCUUCAAAGGUUUUCCUCAAACGUUGGUCUAUCAAUCUGAUCUCGUCCCUACGGCUGCCAAAGUGAUGGCUUUCGUCUUUUUAUUUGCCGGGGUGGAAUGCUUUAUCUUCUCGGUGAUAUGGCAUACUUUCAAUGGUAUUUGCCACUUAAAAUCGAGAUCUAAUUGCGCCUGCGUCGACUAUACGGGAAUAACAAUAUUGGUUACUGCGUCAAUUCUCACAACUGAAUUCGUCACCCUUUCGGGUGGCUCAGGUUCACCUUACACAUGGUCGUUACUGUUUUACACAAGUGUAACGACACUGCUUGGCGGAGUUGGAUUUUUCAUGAACUGGUCUCCCAAAUUCGAUCGGCCCGAAUCGCGGCCUUUGCGUAUCGCAUUUUACCUUCUAUUGGCCAGUUUGGGUGUUCUAUCAUUUGUGCACUCUAGUCUUUUUCAUCCGAACAUAAACUCCGCCCAGAUCAUCAAACCUGUUUUAAGCAAGUCGCUGGGUUGGUACCUUAUUGGUGUGGUUUUUUAUGGAGCUUUCAUUCCGGAGCGCUGGAGAUCGGAUGUUCAAGUAGCCGACAAGAUUCCAUCCGAGGAAGAGCUAAGCACAGACCUCGGUAUCAUUACCAAAGACAGACAUAUACACUUUCGUGUGCAGCCGGCCGAUCAUCACAGGUGUGUCUCCGACAAACACAAAAAUUCCUUUCUAUCUCUAUGGUGGGUCGACUAUUUCGGCUGUUCGCACACUAUAUGGCAUCUCUUCGUACUUUUUGGCGUCUUUGGUCAUUACUCUGCCAUGCUUGAAAUGUAUGAAAAAAGAUGGCUGAUUAACUGA